AUGUCGAAAUCCCGUGAGCCCGAGAAGCCCGUCUCCUCUGAAACCUCUUCUGGGGAGGAGGAAACCGACGAUUCCUCGUCUGAGGAAAUCGAAUCUGAGCCCGAACCGAUCCGCAAGUCUUCCCCACCGCGGGCGGCCGCCAGAAAACCCCAUACCCCGUCUGGCGCGAAGCCCGACCCACCCGAAGAGGAUUCCGGAUCCGAAUCCGACAAGAAGUCAAGGAAGAAUUCCAAAGCCAAAGGCAAGGAUAAGGCCGUCGCCGCCUCCGCUUCACGGGUCAGAUCUACCAGAAAGAGGGCCGUCGAGGAGGUUAAGGGGACGGAGCCCACUGUUACCAAGAAGUCGAAGAACAGCAAGGAGGCUGUUAAGGGGACGGAGCCCACUGUUACCAAGAAGUCGAAGAACAGCAAGGAGGCUGAACCAGAGGCAUCAGAGAAGAAGCAGUUGUUCCAGAGGAUAUGGAGCGAGUCCGACGAGAUCGCCCUCCUCAACGGAAUUAUGCAGUUUCGGGCCGAGAAGAAAUCGGACCCGUCUGAUAAUAUGGACGCCUUUCUUGCCUUCAUCAAGAAGGAUUUGCACAUUGACGUGACGAAAACCCAGAUGAGUAAAAAGAUUUCUAGGAUGAAAGAAAAGUACACAAACAACAAGCGCAAGGAGCAGGAAGGUAAAAGAAGAGCCUUUACUAGCCAACAUGAGCAGGAAGCCUACGAUCUGUCGGAGAAAGUGUGGGGGGCUGAGAAAGAAAAGGGGGUCGAAAAAGCCAAUGGCAGUGGGGCUGAGAACUUUACUAGCCGGCAUGAGCAGGAAGCCUACGAUCUGUCGGAGAAAGUGUGGGGGGCUGAGAAAGAAAGCGCCAAUGGAAGUGAGGCUGAGAAAGAAAACGGCAAUGGAAGUGGUGCUGGUGAGAAAGAAAAGAUGGUCGAAAAAGGCAAUGGAAGUGGGGCGGAGACAGUGGGUAGUGCGAGGAGGUUUGUGUGGAUGACGAAAAGCUUGUUGAGGGGUUUAGGCGAUGUUCCAGCUGUUGAGGGCAAGGAGGGGCAAAUGGGGAAUAAGGAGGACGAUGAGGCAUUGGAGAAUCUGGAGAUUGAAGAGAUGAAGAUGUACCUGAAGCAUUUUGAGUUGAAGGCUCAAAAGGCACAGCUUUUUCUGCAGAUGAUGAUCAAGUCCCGGGGCCAUUGA